ACAAGGGGGCACAGCGGGCGAACGGAGCGGCGCAUAGGAAACUUAAAGCUCGCUACAUGUGACCUGCUCAGGAGAGAGGAUCAGCAUUCAGUGCCAGCAGGGACAGGAGAGACAGAGAAGUCUCCAUAAGAGCUGAAGUAAGUGAGGCAGACGGGCAGAGCACUGACACAGACUUCAGGACAAGGGCAGAGAUUAUCAGGUGAUUUACAGUGCAAAGAAGACUGGUCGGAUCCCUGGAAAUGUGAGAGGGAGGAAGAUGAAACGUCAUUAACUCUGCGUGUACAGUCAAGAAGUGUAUGUCACGGGACACGGCUGCAGACACAACACCCUGGAUGGGAACUCGUCAGUAAGCAAGGAAUUGAAAAUCUUAAAGCAAAAACAGCUGGACUUCAGGAAAACUAUUGUAGGUUCUGGCUCAUGACAUUACACCAAAGAGUCCGCUAUGGGUAAUGACAACAGCCACAGUAAAGAAGACCCUCAGCAAAAACCCACAACCAGUCCAAGUCAUGCCAACACACAGCCACCUUCUGAGGAGGUCCAGGAGGAAUUCCUUCCAUCUCUCGAGGCCAGUCCCGUGCUUUUUCCUCAGUGGGAUCCAAAAAGUUACCAAGGAGGACAACGAGAGGGAGAAGAACAGAAAGAAGAAAAAACAUUUCCAUCAUUAUUUUCUGAAAACCCGAAUGCCACUGCAACAAAUUCAAGGAGUGGAGACGUUACAGCGCAGCGUAGUGCCUGGGAGGAAGGACAGCUGCUUCCUGCUCUUCCGCAGACUGAUCUUUAUAUAGAGGGACUGGAAUAUAAGGAAUCUGGGCAGAGCGCGCAGCCUGGCACCAUCAGCAACCUCACCAGUGAAGAAGAUUCUGGGGAUGAAGAAUACUCUGCAGCAGAAGAUAUUGGACUGAUUGGGAUACUCAGAGAAUGGGGACAGCACGUAUUGCCAGAAAAUAUAUCUAAGAUCCAGGAAGAAGAGAAAAGCAUCCUACCAGAGAUGCCUCAAGCAGACCCAUCUUCUAAAGCAAUGUCAGUGAUCACUAGUGGAUUUAACGUUCAAGCAAGUGAAGAUUUAUUGGGAAUGCAAGAUACAGAACCAGAAUUUGGUAUAUCUUCCAUAACUAACUUUAAGAGCAAUGAUGCUGCAAUACAAAGUGACUGCAAUCUCGGAAAUCCAAGUGUUCUUCCUCUGACUUCCACACCACAGCUGAUUCCAGCAGCUAAAGAAUUAUUCUCUAAAAAUGCAACACUAUCUCAGCCAGCGGGAAUGCUCCAAGAACCAGAUGACAUUUGUAACCAAACAAAGGAAGUUUGCAAGGAUAGUAAUACUGAUCAGGUAGAACAGAAAGGAUCAUACAACAGUAGAACUUUAACUACAGAUCAUGGCAAUAGCCAGACUUGGGGGCAGAGCCAUUUAAUCCUGCCUGUUACAACAGAUGGGAGCUCAGACAACCAUAAAGAUAAACUCCCCAUACCACAUAGUCUUGAAAAAGAGAGCUGUCUCCACAUCGGAGAAUCCUCUAAAGCUGAGAGCCUUGAACCCAAUCUGGUGGUGUCAGAGCUCAAUAAUCUUGUUACAUCAUUGUUUAAUCAACAGUCCCUGCUUGAGGUGACAGGACCAGAAAGUCUUCAUGCACAGAUGGGUAAGAUUACAGCCUAUCACAAUUCUCCUGUCGAUGUACCUGAUAGACUAAAGGCAGAAAAAAAAGAAUGCCUUGAUACUGAAAGACAUGUAAAAGAGACAACUUCAGCAGAAAACAUUCAGCCUACAAAUGCAAACACUGAAAUUAGUGAGGAGUAUGGCUUACAAAAAAAGUCCACAAGAGAUGAUGAAAAAUUUACUACUAAAGACAUGAUAAACCGUAACGUACAAAAAAAGGGUUUAAAAAAUAGACCCAAAACAAAAAAUGCACCAGUUCACAUGACCAAGGGUCUAAAUGAAGAUGUAAAUCAUCUUACUGUGGAAACCACAGCAAGUCUUGUAGAUACAUCUCUGGACCUUGCACAAAUGACUGCUUCAAGUGAUCUAAUUCAAGUAGUUAAUCAGACUAGUGCUGAAACAGGAAAAGAUAUUACAUUUCUGGGCUCUGUGAACAAUUUACUCUUAGAAGAUGUGUCAACUUUUUGCCUAAAUACCACAGAACUACAUCUGGCAGCACCAAAUCCUGAUAUAAAGGAAGAUAUAGCAAACGGUUUACCCAUAUGUAGCAAACACCAGUCACUCACUUCACCUUCCAUUGGUGAGGAUGGACUAACUUCUAUAAGGCACACUGAAGUGACAUCCCAGCAAAACAUCGACCUUAGUCCACUGGGCCUUACUGGGAAUGAGUUCACAACAUUGCAACUUGGCAUGGACAUAGAGAAAGUGACAACAGGAGAGACGGGUGAUGUCAAUGAUUUGCAGAGGAGCACUCAGGAGGAUGUUGGAGCUGAUGGACAAAGUUCACUCACUCCCAAGCAAAAGGCUUUAAAAACUGAUGCUAAAAAUAGUUAUUUACCUAUUUCCGCAUGUCCUGUUAUUACAGGACACUCCCCAGACACACAGGUUUUGCCAACAUUGUCUCCACUGGAUCCUAUUUUCUUUAUCCAUAGUCGUGACAAUAAGAGGGACUACAAGGAUGGAUCACAUCCAAAGGAAGAAAAUUCCCUUAUUGAAAAUUCUGAGACAUUUUCAGUUCAAACCAAGGUGAAUACCAGCCAAAACCAAAGUGAAAAAAAUAUGUGCUUAAAUACUAUGCAUCAAAACCAAAUUCCUGAUACUAAUGCAAAGCUACAAUCAUCUGACCUGUCUGAUGUGGAAAACCUGAACCGCAAGCCAGAUUGUACCAUAGGGGAGUCAUCCAAAGUUCAGCUAAAGCAGAAUAUAUCUGCCUCAACUCCAGAAGAGUUUAAAAUAGUAGACCUCAGCCCAAACCUGGAAAGCAGGUCUACAAAGGAGAAGGAGGAUCUUUUGAUCACAUUGAGUCAGCAAGAAAUAGCGUUCUUAGAGAACACACCCUACCUUGACAAGGUUCUGUGUCAUGGCAAAGUCCUGGAGGAGAAGGCACAUGAAUCUUUAUCAUUAACAUCAGAGCUUUCAGAAUACAUAUCAGAUUCUACAGCCAUGGGUGAUGUAACAGACAAAACCAUCUCUACAACUUGUAAAGACACUGGCACUGAAGAUACUUUGGGACUCCAGGAGGACAAUAUUUUACUUUACAGUCAACCAGAUGAAGGCUUAAUUCCAGAAGAGAAACAGUCACUGAAAUUAUUAACAAAAGGUCAGUGUCAUGAAGAUGAAAAUGCUAAUGAAGGAAUUCCUACUACUCAGGCUCAACUUGAGGUUUCUCCAGAUGCUUGUACACAGCUUCACAUGAUAGAUGAUAAAUCAAGCCAACUUGAAACAGCAGGUGUCAGAUACAGCUCUAUGGAAAUACCAACGGAUUGCUCUACAAACAUACCGAAUAUUGAAAUAGAUGUUGGCAAUAUGGGUGAUGUUGCAGUAGACACUUCUUCUCAAGAUCUACAUAAGACAGAGAAUACAACUAAUCUCUCAAGGGUCAGCCUUCAGUGUAAACAUUCGCAAAUAUUCUCAGCACCAGAUAAGAAUUUUGUAUCUGAACAUGACAAUUUAAGUGUUCCUCUUCACCCCAGUGACAGCAGAGAAGAUGGAAGCCCUUUGCCAGCCAUUUGUCCAGAAGCUGAAACUCAGGUAUGUGAUGAUCUUACAAUCAAGACUAAAAAGAAUGAUAUUAAUGAAAGUAUUUUUAAUAAAGAUUUAUCUGCAAAAGCCCUUGAAAAUACUGAUGAGGUUCAAAAAGCUAGCAUCAAACCUCUUAAUGAUACCAUUGAGGCAGUUUUUAACAAAUGUAAUAUGGAAACAGCACAAACUUUCACUGAUCAAAGGAGUUAUCAUGAAGACAUUGAAAGUACUGAACAUGUGGCUACAUGCUCUUAUACAUUAGCAGAGGAACCACAACCUCCUGAACAGUCUUAUCUUCCUAGUAUAAGGGUAAAUGAAAAGGGCUCCAUGUCUUACCUUACAUGUGGAGCUGAACCAAGAACAAAAUCGCAGAGUGUAAUAGAGGAAGCAAAUGAGAAAAAUGUCAAAAAUGAUAUAGAGGAACUCACGCAAGUGACAAAAUUACAUCAUUCAGUUAUUGAUAACCACAAAGAUAUAUUGCAUAGCAUUACAACAGAUGGACCUGGAGAGAUAUUCAGUGAGAAAGCUCCAUUAGAUACCACACAACCUUCUAUGUCAAUUCACAAGCUCAUGGAAUGUACCAAUGCACACACUGUUAGCACAGAAAAAUCAGAGGAAAUAUCUCAUAAUCUGCAUCAUAAUAUACACAAGGAAGUACACCCUCAGGAGAAACAUCCUGAAAUGGCUUUUGAAGUAGUGCUUAACUUCUGUCCAGAGGGUGGAGAAGAAAUGAUCCAUAGUUCUCAGGAACACAGUGAUGCAGUGAAGGAAAGUAGAGGAACAGAAAUGUUACUAGAGCAGAAUGAAGCUGAUAUUAUCCAUACAGAUUCAGUGAACGCAACAUCCAAGGCCCAGGUUGGUUGCAUGAAGAAUUCAGAAUCUGCUCCACAGCAGCAUGCCCCCUCUGGAGAGGAAACUGAAUAUCCUUCAACAGAACCAAGUCAAAUAAGUUUCGAAAUAACAACUGCUGAACCUGAGAUAGUCAAUCCUUGUGAAGAAACAGGAGUACCUAUCCUCAGCACUUCUGGGACUUCUGAUGGGCAUGAAAUCAUUCCUGUACCCACACAAUUUCUUCCAAAAGGAAAAAGUAAGAACUGUGAACAUGCAAUGGAACCACAAAUGGUCAACAAUGAGCUGAUUUCUGAUCAUCUAAACCUUUUACCUGAAGAAGAGGAAAACAAAGUUUCUCAAGCUGCAAUGGAGAAGUUUGACUCAACUGCAAGCAAAGUAGAUGUUGUCCCUGAAAUAACAGACACAUUAGUUUCUGAUUCACUAACUGUUAAAAAGUCAGAUAUUCUUCCUGACAUGUCAGGUUUCUCAGUUAAGGAGACAGCAAUCCUAUCUGAUGAACCAUAUUUACUUUCAGAGCAGGCACAUAGUGUAUCUACCGCUAUAAGCCCUCCUUCUGAUGACUUGACAACUUUAUUGGAGCCUGAAAGUUCUGAGGAGACACAUGUUGCACAAGAUACAGUUCACAUAGAACUGGUCAAUGAAAAAUGUGGGCUGUGCCCAACGGAAACAGUCAUUUUACAGAAAAAAGAACAAACUGACCAAGUGGUAUUUCCCACAAACCAAGAAAAGGCAUCCACAGUCUCUGGACCACCAGGAAUUGACCACACAGAAGACAAGAUACAUUUUCCUAGUAAUACAGCUAUUGGAAGUGAUCUAUCAAAUUUUGGAGGUAUUUCUACAAGUGUUGCUCAACAAAAGUCACCUUCUUUUCCAUGUGAACCAGAACAUUCUUCUCCAGUCAUUAGAAGCCCAACAUUUCCAACAUCAGACUCUUAUAGCUUCACCCAGAAACUGCGUAGUGUCCUCCAUUCUGAUCGGCCAGUCACAAAAAAGUCUGUGAAACCUUCACCACCUGUGCCACUGAUGCUCCCAUCAAGUCCAACGAUGCCUCAAGGAGGAAUGAACAAUGAAAGGAGCUCUGAUUCUGAAGAAGCUUUUGAGACCCCAGAAUCAACAACCCCAGUAAAGUCCGUACCUCCCAUCCCUAUCCCUGUCCUUCCAGAGGUUCAAGAGCAGCAACCACAGCAACGUCAAGAAGAAGAGACUCCUUACCUUCCACCCAAGCCAGAAGAACCAGAUUUGGCUCCUAAUUUGGGAGGCACAGAAGCCAGUGACGUCACUGCACCUGAGAACUUCACGGAUUCUCCUUUUCGUCAACCAUCUAGAUCAUUUUCUGUGGUUUUUGAUGAAGAUAAACCUAUAGCAAGUAGUGGAACAUACAACUUAGAGUUAGCUGCUGUUGAGAGUCCAGAAGUCAGUCCUUCUUCCUCAAAAGACCCCAACAAAACUCGCCGAAAAUCCACAGACUCGGUUCCUCUUAACCGCAAUACCCUGUCUAGAUCUCUCAGCUUGCAAGCUGCUGACUUUCAACUUGAAGACUUGCCUAACAGUCAAGGAGGAUCUGGUAGUGCUUGUAGCACUCUGCGUAGGACAAAGAAGGCACGGCCAGCAUCACUGAAAAAGAAGGCUGGAAGUACAAAGAAACAAGAAGCUGUUACCAUCAAUGACUCUAAAGAUACGAGUAAAGAAUUAUCAGGAGAGUCACAGGAAGUAGAAGUGGAUAGAGAUUUGCAGGUGGAACUUGCUCCAUUCCCUCCUCAUGAACCUUCUGAAACAGAUGCCGAAUUGCCAGUAGGUGUUAAAGAGGAAAGUUCACCUCCCCAAGCCUCAGAUUUGUCCCAGACAGAUUCCCAGUUUAGUGAACUUACAAGUUCUCCUGCUCAGAUCAACCAAACACAAGCAACAGGAAGGUUGUCACCACCAAUACCUACUCAUCAAAAAUUCGAAGUGGCCCCCAGUGGCCCUGAAAUAUCAGAAAACAUUGCAGUGAUCGGGCAGUCAGUGAGGCUGGAGUUCGAUUACUCUGAAGAGUCGCACGAGGGUCAGCCUCCCUCAAGAAAAGGCAAGAAACCCGCAGGCAAAAUGCCAUUGCGGAAACCUAAGCCCAAAAAGACUGUUGAAAAGCCUGAUGCUCCUCCUGGAGCCCCUAGUCCUAUACCAAAUGAUCCUGAGGAUAUGCCCAUUGGCAAAGGAUCUUAUACCUACAAUAUGGAUCAGUGGGAUGAUCCAAAUUUUAACCCCUUCUCUUCCAGUGGGAAAACGCAUGACUCACCCCUAUCUGCGCAAGAAACUCUUCCUGAACUACCCAAUCCCACCGUUGAAAGAUCAGAGUCCCCUGCUAAAACACCAGCUUCUUUUGAAAUAAGUGCUGAGCAGAACGGAGAAAGCAUCAAGCCAUCCAAGAAGAAGAAGACUCCACUAAAAACUGACACUUUUAGGGUGAAGAAGUCACCAAAGAGAUCUCCAGUCACUGAAAAUGGCUCUGAGGAGCUCACAAUACUUUGCAAGUCAGACACCCCUCCCGUAAUAGCUUCAGAAGAACAUGCUACUGAUGAGGAAAAGCUGGCCUCUUCGGUCAGUAGCCAGAAAUGGUCUUGCAUGGCAGUGGACCUAGAACAAGAGAAACCGGACUACCCCCAGCCAUCCGACCUGACCAGCUUUGUCAGUGAGAGCCAGUUCCACAGUUCUCCAAGUGGUAUGUACGAUAUAGAUUACGGAAGCUCAUUCAGCAUAGAAUACAUGGAGAAGACAGGAAAAUGUUCUCCGAUCCGUGACAUGCCUCAGACUCAGUCCAUGUACCUCAUGUUUGAGGCAUCGGUGGAUAGCCAAGGAAAAACACCAGCCAAGUUUUCAGACUCCUGCACUCUAGAUACAGAGUCCAACUUUGAGGAAAUGGAUCCUAAACUGUGCUCAGUGCAGUUGCCCAUCUCAAGAUCUCCCCCUAUUAUGCAAGACAACAUACGCCAACCUGUGGAGAGGUCACGGCAAAGAGAAGAUGAGCCAGAAGUGCUUGGGAGUGGCAAGAUGGAGCUGGGCUCCCCUGAGGACGACUAUGUGGCAUCUGAGGCCUUACUAUCACGGAUUUCCCACCACACUGCACUCUGUGGCCAACUGAGCUACCUGGAACCAGAUUUAGCAGAGAAGAACCCACAAGCCUUUGCACAGAAACUACAGGAGGAAUUAGAGUUUGCAGCCAUGCGAAUUGAGGCUUUGACGUUAGCCAGGCACAUUUCCCAGUCCUCCCAGUGUACCGAGUCUGACGUCCUGGAUUCGGCUGAUAUUGGCCUUUCCCAUAAAUCACUGUACCCCCGUUCAGUGGCUAUGGAGACAGCUGUAGGUGGCCUGUUACAUACCUACAAGCAACCUGACCUUGACACAGCGCUGCAGCUUGCAAGAGAAGAGAUUGCUGCAAAAGAACAAGAGACCAUGGAGUGGAAGACGAAAUAUGAAGAGAGCCGCUGUGAAGUGGUGGAGAUGAGGAAAAUUGUUGCUGAAUAUGAGCAGACAAUUGCGCAGAUGAUCGAGGACGAUCAGAGAGAGAAGUCCGUUUCCCAUCACACAGUCCAGCAGCUGAUCUUAGAGAAGGAACAAGCACUUUCCGACCUCAAUUCAGUUGAGAAAUCCCUGGCUGAUCUCUUCCGUAGAUAUGAGAAAAUGAAGGAUGUGUUGGAAGGCUUCAGAAAGAAUGAGGAAGUCCUUAAGAAAUGCGCUCAAGAAUAUCUUGCACGAGUCAAGAAGGAGGAACAGCGGUACCAUGCUCUGAAGAUACAUGCAGAGGAGAAGCUAGACAGGGCUAAUUCAGAUAUUGCCCAAGUACGCAGCAAGUCCCAGCAGGAACAUGCAGCUUACCAAGCCAGCCUGAGGAAGGAACAACUCAGAGUAGAUGCCUUGGAGAGAACUUUAGAACAAAAGAAUAAAGAGAUAGAAGAACUCACCAAGAUCUGCGAUGAACUGAUUUCUAAGAUGGGAAAGAGUUAACCUGCUGCUUUUCCUGUGGGAUGUUUAGUUUCCUUGCAGAGUGCAAGUGGGAUGAUGUGGAAAAGUGAGGUCCAGUCUUUAAAUUUGUACCUGAAUGUGGAGAGGAGGCACGGAGGAGGCGCAGGAAGCAUAUGACGCAAGUAUCCCUCCUACAUGUUCUUCCUGUAUCAGGGAGGCAGAAAACUGGCCCUGAAUCUUCACGAACAUCAUCGAGUCUUAUAUGGCUUUCUUCCAAUGCAAAAACAGAGCUGUGUGCAUAGACUAUGGUCCUGCCGGGCAAGACUACAUCAUGUUUCAGACGUUUCAUACAAAAUUUCUGCGGGCACCCUCCUUUCUGGACUUUAUUUAAAAUGGUUGUAAGAAAAUAGCAAGUACACAGUCAUGAAGCCACAAUCGUAUGGUCAGUGUGCUGUAAAUAAAUCUGCAAUCUGUACACUGGAGAAGCAAUAUCAUCCUUACUACAUUGCUAUAAUGUCUUUGUUCUGUUUUUUUGCUUUAUAUCACAUGAGGAUGACUUGUCUAUUUAACAGUUGUACUAAUGGUGACAGCUUCGGUAUUUGCCAGAGGUGCAUACAUUGCGUGCCGCUGGCAAUAAAAUGGUUUACUCUAACUCUA